GCCGCCCUGAGCCAUGGAGGAGGGCCCUCUGCCGGGUGGGCUGCCCAGCCCCGAGGAUGCGAUGGUGACGGAGCUCUUUAGCCCCGAGAGUCCGUUCGUUUCGGAGAACAUUGGCCUGAAGGCCCCCGUGAAGCACGAGGAGGACGAGUUCCACGUCUUCAAAGAUGCGUACCUGGGCCCGGCGGACCCUAAGGAGCCUCUCCUACACGCGUUCAACCCCCCGCUGGGCGCCGACUGCAAGGCCCAGGUCAAGGCGAAGCUCGCAGCGGGCGACAGCGACGGCGGGGACCUCCUCGGGGAGUACCCCGGGAUCCCUGAGCUCAGCGCGCUGGAGGACAUUGCGCUCCUGCCGACCCCGCAGCCGCCCGCCUGCAACGUGCACUUCCUGUCCUCGCUGCUGCCCCCGCACCGCAGCCCGGCGGUGCUGCCCCUGAGCGCCUGGGUCCGGGAAGGAGCCGCCCACUCGGGCGUCCGGGUGAUCCCAGUUGAAAUCAAGGAAGCAGGUGGUACUAUUACAAGUAACAAUCCAGAAGAAGCCACUUUCCAGAAUCUUCUUGCUCAGGAAUCCUGUUCCAAGUUCCCAUCAUCCCAGGAACUAGAGGACGCCUCCUGCUGUUCUCUUAAGAAAGAUUCCAACCCAAUGGUGAUAUGCCAAUUGAAAGGGGGCACACAAAUGCUGUGUAUAGACAAUUCUGGAACAAGAGAACUAAAAGCACUCCAUUUGGUUCCUCAGUAUCAAGAUCAAAACAAUUAUCUACAGUCAGAUGUCCCUAAACCAAUGACUGCUUUAGUAGGGAGAUUUUUGCCAGCAUCAACAAAAUUAAAUCUCAUUACACAACAACUUGAGGGAGCCUUACCAUCGGUAGUCAAUGGGUCUGCUUUCCCCUCGGGAUCAACUGUUCCAGGACCACCAAAAAUAACUUUGGCUGGGUACUGCGACUGCUUCGCCAGUGGAGACUUUUGCAACAACUGCAAUUGUAAUAAUUGUUGCAAUAACUUGCAUCAUGAAAUUGAACGGUUUAAAGCCAUUAAGGCAUGUCUUGGUAGAAAUCCAGAAGCUUUCCAGCCAAAAAUUGGGAAAGGCCAAUUGGGCGAUGUCAAGCCCCGGCACAACAAAGGGUGCAACUGCAGGAGGUCGGGCUGCCUGAAGAAUUACUGCGAGUGCUAUGAGGCGGCCUUCCUCAUGCAUCUCCUGGGAGGUGGUGGAGGCCACAUGCGCCUGCCUGCUGGCUCAGGGAGAAGAGGCCGAGAAGGAACACUGCUCCAAGUGCCUGGCAGAGCAGAUGAUCCUGGAGGAAUUUGGAAGUGUUGGCCACUUAGAGGGUGUUUAGGAAACUCAAGUGCAAAUGCAGUGGAGACAGAAGUGUGGCUGCCGGGCCCAGGCACUGGGCACAGAAGUGAGCAAGCAACCAGGGAGGAAGCGGUCUUUUGUGGAGCUGUGUCUGGAACAGUCUAGUUGCAAACGCAGCCACCGGAAGCCACAGAGGAGAAAAGGAAGACUGAAUUCUUCCCCUCUGCAAUUCCCUUUGGACCCUUGGGAUCCAGAGUCUGUGGCAGAAAACCAGAGGUAAAGACAUGCAUUGUGACACGGGGAACCCUCAGCCAGCCAUACUCCCCACUUGCUGUGUGUGCUUUCGGUCCCGUCAGCAUCGUGGCGAGCAGGGAGGCGCCCUGCUGGAGGAGCCACCUGGCCCCCUUCACCCCUGGGAGCUGGAAGGUGACCUGGAAAUGGGGACUUUGGGAGCUGCCUCUGUAGGGGCUGCCUCCAUCCUGCUGUCCCUCUCGGCAGCACAGCCAGCAGCAAGAUCUGCCAGCCACAUGAGUAAUGUUAAAGUUUCUAGUAGCUACAUGUUAAAAUUUGAAAAGGAACAGAUAAAAUUCGUUUUAAUAAUCUUUUAUUUAUCCCAUCGUUUCAAUGUGUAAUCAUAAUGAAAAUGAUUGAGAUUUCACAUUCCUUUGUGUGUACCCAAUAUUUGAAAUGCAGGGUGUCUUGUAUUCACAGCAGGUCUCAGUUGGCACCAGCCACACCUUAAGGGUUCAGGCACCUCAGCACAGCCCUGAGGCACCGAGUGGAGAGAGGAAAAGGGAACAGUGUCCUCCAGCAUUCUCCUGAGGCAAAGGGCUGCCUAGGGAGAUCCUGAACCAGGUGUGGCCCACCCGCAGAGCCUGGAGGAAGUGUGAGCAGGGAAUUCAGUGGGGGGCUGGGGAUACAGUCCCCCCACAUUACACGGGAGCUCACCCUGAAUCCCGGGCUCCUAUGGAGAAGGAGCCUGCGCUGGCCAAGGAUGCACUGACUGUGGCCAGGUGCACUUGAGCUAACGCCUGGAGGUGAGGGAAGAGCCAACCUGAGCAGGCAUGAGCCCUGCAGGAUCUUCCAGCAGAGAAGAACUUGCUGAGUAGGUGCCACUUGCAGGGGAUCCCAUCUGAGAAGUGAAAGCCAAGAUACAGACGUGAAUAAAGCCACUAUGCUGACCAGAGACUGUACAGAAAAUGACUAUAAAGCUGGAAAAUCACAUCUUUUAUGUGUCUGGCGGAGAGCCAGUGCUAUUUUAAAGCAAUAUACAAAUUAAUGUAUCAUGUUCUUAUUUGAGAGUGUAGCUGUGCAAAUUUAACCAUAUCUUUUUUUUUUUUUUAAGAUGGAGUCUCACUCUGUUGCCCAGGCU